AUGGACGCCAUGGGAUUUGGAAGCAAAGCGACCAAGCCUACCGCCGAGCCCUUUGUCAAGCUGCCUCCCUCCAAGCGCGUUGAUGUGGCCCAAGAAUACCAAAAGAGAUCUGGCGAGAAGCCCAAACUGAACCUGGUAGUGAUUGGACAUGUGGAUGCUGGUAAAUCUACCUUGAUGGGACACUUUUUGUACGAUCUCGGUCAGGUCAAUGAACGUACCAUGCGCAAAUUCGAACGCGACUCACAAAAGAUUGGUAAAGGAUCUUUUGCUUUUGCCUGGGUUUUGGACGAAACAGGAGAAGAGAGAGAUCGUGGUAUUACCAUGGAUAUCGCUACCAAUCACUUUGAAACCGAACAUCGUCAAUUCACAUUGUUGGAUGCACCUGGACACCGUGAUUUCAUUCCCAACAUGAUAUCAGGUACUGCGCAGGCGGACGCUGCCAUUUUGGUUGUAGAUGCCUCUACCAAUGCGUUUGAGGCUGGUUUUGAUGCUGGAGGUCAGACAAAAGAACAUGCCGUGUUGGCAAGAAGUCUGGGUGUGCAGCAGUUGAUUGUGGCUAUCAACAAAUUGGACAUGGCUGACUGGUCUCAAGAUCGAUUCAAAGAGAUUCAGGCUAAAUUGGGUGCUUAUCUGUAUCAAGUAGGCUUCAAAAAGCCAAAUGUGAUAUUUGUGCCUGUAUCUGGUCUGACUGGCGAGAAUUUGGUCAAGAAGAGUGCGAUUGCUGAACUGACAUCCUGGUACAAUGGACCUUCUUUGAUGGAGCAAAUCGAUAAAUUCGAGGCCCCCACUCGUUUACUGGACAAGCCUUUGAGAAUGCGUGUUACAGAUUUCUUCAAGGGCGGUAUUGGAAGCAGUGGUGGUGUGUCUGUUGCUGGCAAUAUCGAGUCUGGUACCAUUCAAGUGGGUGAGCAGAUUAUGAUUGUGCCUGGAAAUGAAGUAGGCUUUGUAAAAACUAUGCAAGUGAAUGAGGAACCAGCUACUUGGGCUGCUGCAGGUGAUUCCGUAUUAAUGACAUUAGUUAAUCUGGAUAUCAUGAAUCUGAGUAAUGGGUGCGUGCUGUGUACAGGCGCAAAACCAGUGCCAGUAACAACCACGUUUGAAGCGCAAAUUGUUGUGUUUGAUAUCCGUAUUCCCAUCACACCUGGAUAUCCCGUUGUUCUUCACCAUGGCAGUCUGGAUGAACCAGCAUCUGUCAUCAAACUCAUAGAAAUCAUAGACAAAUCCACAGGCGAGGUGACCAAGAAGAACCCCAGAUGUUUGAGCAAGGGAACGACAGCCAAGGUCCAGAUCAAACUCUCGCAGCGUCCUAUUCCUCUGGAGACAUUCAAAGAUAGUAAGCAAUUGGGUCGUAUCAUGCUGCGUAAGAAUGGUGAAACUGUGGCUGCUGGUGUUGUAAAUGAAAUUUUGACAUUUGGAUCUUAA